UGUCUAUAUCUGGAGACCGACAUUUCAGAAGUAUUUCAGUGAUAAAGCUGAAACAUUGAAAGCUGAAGCUGUUAGUAAACAAUCUAAAUAAGGUUUGAAUUGAAUGUACACUGUAGAGUUAAGAUGGGUAACCCAGUGUUGAAAGGUUGGAGAUACGGAGCCUUCAUUGGAGCUGUAGUUGGUUGUAUUGGGCUAGCCAUUUAUCCAGUUAUUAUCAGUCCAUAUCUCUUCCCGGAGAAGUGGAAGCAGCAGAGUAAAGCGAUUCGUGAGCAAAACCAAAUUAAUAAGGAGAGUAUUCAACCUGGGGGAAUGAAGGUUUGGACGGAUCCAUUUGACCGACCUGGCAAACCUGGAGCUAAUUAG